AUGGGCGCAAGCAUGUCAUGGCUUUCCGGCCUCUUGUGGUCCAAGAAGGAGAUCCGGAUAUUGAUCUUGGGACUGGAUAACGCUGGCAAGACGACACUUCUGUACAGGUUGAAGAUCGGCGAGGUUGUCACCACGAUCCCUACGAUAGGAUUCAACGUCGAGUCCGUCACAUACAAAAACCUCAAUUUUAACGUCUGGGAUCUAGGCGGUCAGACCAGCAUCCGGCCGUACUGGCGGUGUUACUACGCCAACACGGCGGCCGUCAUCUUCGUCGUCGACUCGACCGAUAUCGAGCGUCUGCAGACCGCCGCCGAGGAGCUGGGCGCCAUGCUCAAUGAGGAGGAGCUCAAGGAUGCCUCGCUCCUCGUCUUCGCCAACAAGCAGGACCAGCCCGGCGCCAAGGGCGCGGGCGAGAUCUCGGAGGCGCUGCGCCUGGGCGAGCUGCGCGACCGGAACUGGAGCAUCAUGGCCUGCUCCGCCGUCGACGGCAGCGGCGUUACAGAGGGCAUGGACUGGCUUGUCCAAACCGUCAACCAGGAGUCAUAA